AUGAUGGCGGGAACCGCUACCUUGAACCUCAAUCUCUCCCAUUUUUCCUCUUCUACUUCAUCUCUACGCAAACACUCUUCUCCAUCCCCUUCCAACUUCCGAAUUCGAAACCCUCCUUCUUCCAAUCCCCGUUUCUUUAAGAUUUAUGCGGUAUCUAGUAAUGAUAUUAAAGUAGGUACCAAUAUUGAAGUUGAUGGUUCACCUUGGCGUGUGUUAGAGUUUCUUCAUGUUAAACCUGGAAAAGGUGCGGCAUUUGUGAGGACAAAACUCAAGAAUUAUCUUUCAGGAAACACUGUUGAGAAGACCUUCAGAGCUGGAGGUUCGAUUGACGAAGCAGAUAUAUUCAAGGAAACAAAACAGUUCACAUAUAAAGAUGGUGUUCAGUUUGUCUUCAUGGACUUGAGUACAUACGAGGAGACUCGUCUGGAUGAAUCAGAAGUUGGGAACAAAAUAAAGUGGCUGAAAGAGGGAAUGGACUGCAAUUUGCUAUUAUGGAAUGGAAAAGUUAUUGAUGUUGAUCUUCCUAUAACAGUCAAGCUUAAGAUAGUCGAUGUGGAUCCCGGUGACACAGUCCAAGGUGGAACAAAGCCAGCAACUCUUGAAACCGGUGCUGUUGUCAAUGUUCCGCUCUUUGUGAAUGUCGGUGACGAAAUACUAGUUGAUACAAGAUCUGGGCAGUACACAGGCCGUGCUUAA